CUCUCUCUCUGCUCUGGACACUGCACAUGGGAGGGAGGGGGAUGAGUGAUGACAUCACUGCUCUGUGUGAGUACGGAGUGCAGCAGGGCUCAACAAGGAAGGAGACUGGACGCAGUCUGCUCAGGAGACAGGGGGUAAGUAGCAGCCUGGGUUUAAGGUACUUGAUCACUACAGUUAUCUACUAUUCUGUGUACAAGAGUUUUUCAGUUAUGUACACCUAUUAUAUUGUGGCUUAGGAUCCUGUGUGUGGGCUGCAAAGGAAGGUUAAGCACAGAGUAGCCCACAUUUUAAUGCCCAGUAACAAAUAUACUAUAGUGUUCACACAUUAUGUUUCCCUCUUUCACACACUGUCAUCACAUACUGGCAGAAUGGCUACAAUUAAAGGUCAUCUUAUCUGCAGGCAACAGGAUAAUUAAAGGGACUCCCCACUGCACAAAUACAAAAUAAAUAAAAUCACUGUUACAUUUAAUUAAGCAUUUUUUUUCAUUGGAGUUAUAUCUAAAAACACAUCUCUUAUCUGCUGCCUUUACAAGCCCUCCUCCUCUAACCCCGCCCAGACUCUCUGUGACUGUCCAAUCACAGAUUCCUCUCAGUGCAGCUCAAUGAGAAGUCUCUGCAAGGCAGGUGCUCUGGACAUUUGUUUGCCUCUUGAGUUCAGUGUAAAUUUUAUGGCAAGACAGGAGGUGAAUAUUUGCUUUUCUCCCAGCAGCAAAGAAAUAGUUAACAACCAAUCAGUACACAUCUAGUCAGUGAUAUAUGGCCAUGAGACUCCUCCCAAUUCCUCUUUCUUUGCUGCUUGCCUCCCAGGUGAGUCAAUUCUGAUUACACAGGCCUUUUUACCGAGUGUUUUAUAAAUAUUUAUCUACAUUUUAUUCAUUACUUUUUCAUAGAUUGUAUAAGUCUCCUUUUAUUAUAUUUAGAUUUUGCCUUUGGUAAUAUUUGAUUAACUUCUCUUUGGUUUUUCUACUCCUGGGGCCAACCUUUGUUGGCCACAGGAUCUCUGCCCCUCAUUUGCGGCACUCAGUAUCUCACUGAGGGUUUAUUUUCCCCUCAUCUACCACCCCAUUGGCUCCUCUGCCGACCGCGAUCUACCGCGGCUUUGUUUAUCUUUUUUCUCCGCUGGUAUUACAGUCGCGACCUGUCAGCGUCUCUCUUCCAUUUUUCCCGCGCUUUUCUUUGACGCGGGCGGUCUCCGCCUCCAAAUUAGCCGGCGGCCAUUUUAGUGUGCGCCAGUUUAACUUGACGGUUAACUCCUGUCACAGUUCCCCUUACUGCUGCCCAGUUUGACAGUUACAUUAAUUUCUUCUAUCACUGUUUUUUUUUUUGCAAACCAGCUCCAAGGUAUACAUUAUUAUUUUCCUUUAUGCUCUAAAAGAUUACUCAAAACCCACUCUGUUUUACCUCAUGACAGGUUCACUCAACUGGCAUUAUAAGUGCCUUUCCUGCAAUCAGCCAGCCUUAUUUAAACCAAACAUUAUAUCUGCCACAUGGGUGAACACCUUGAUUAUAACAGGUGACCCCUGUUUUUUGCUACAGCGGUACUUUGAUCUCCGUUGUUUAGCUCAUAGCUUUCCAACACCUAAGGGUUUUUCCAACACCUUUUGUACCUAAUUAUCCAAGUUGGUGACCCCCACCUUUCUCUGCAUUUUGGGUAACCCUUAUUUGCCUGUAUGGGUGACCCCCCAAACUUAAAUAUGUGUGACUUCCUUUAUAUUCAUAGGUGACCCCCUCUCGUUAGCAGGGUGACCCACUGCCACGUUAUCACAGGGUGACCCCCUAUUUUUCUAAUGAAUUUAGUUUAUUUGGUUUAUUUUUGUCAAACUUGUUCAUUUUGCAACACAGCACAAUGUCUGAACAACCAGACUUCGCUGUUUCAGCUGAACUGAAAUCCUGGCUAUUUUCGGCAAUAGCAGAAUCCAUGCCUAAAGCUAUUGCAGCUUAUCACGAACAGGCUAAACCUGUUUCCAAGCCAAAUGUUGCCUUAUAUAUUUACGACUCGGACGGGUCUAACAAUGAUUCCAACCAUGAUAGGCUCCGCGCAAGCGUCCCUGGAAGGGAAACAGUGCCUCCGCCGGUAAAGGUAAGGCACCAGCUAAAAACCCUAGUGUCUCUUCCCCCCUUGAAGGCCAACGGCCUAUUGUUUGGGGAUCAGUUCGUGCGGGAUCUCAACAGACAUGUAUCUGUGUUCACCUCGUUGAACAAGGCUCAGUUUCGCUGUAACCGUUUUUCUGGCAGAGCCGGUUGCCAUAGAGGCCGAGCUACCGGCAGGUCUGCCUUCAGCAGCUACAGGCCUCGACCAAGUGAACCUUGGAACUCAGGCUAUGCCCGUCCCUAUCACAGACAACUGUUUACCAACAGAGGAUCGAUCAGAGGACGUGGCUCUGCUCAAGUGAAUGCCUACCUUAUUCUCUAGUACAUAUUGCAGGCCAUUUAAUUGUUUUUUCCCACAGUGGUCUUUUCUCACUCAGGAUCCUUGGAUCCUUCAGACUGUCACAGGGAUUUCACCACCGACCCUAUACAAGAAUUCCUCCCCCUCUACGGAUGUCCCAGCCAGACACCGCUACUCUACAUGCAGAAUUCUGCAAGCUCAAAAAAAAGGGCGCAAUCAAACCCUCCUCAUCCCCCUUCAGAUUUGUCAGCAACAUCUUUCUGGUAUGGAAAAAGUCAAAUGACUUUCACCCCAUCAUCAAUCUGAGAGGUUUUAAAUCAAUUCAUUGUGUACCGGCACUUCAAAAUGGAGGGCAUACACCUACUCCAGGAUCUACUUUGCGAGGGAGAUUGGUUCUCCCGUUUCGAUCUCAGGGAUGCCUACCUUACAGUACUGGUUGCACUCUGUCACCACCCUUUCCUUCAAUUCAUAUGGCUUCAAGAGCUUUGGCAGUUUACUUGCCUCCCUUUUGGUCUCUUGUCCGCCCCUUGGUACUUCACCAAGUUAAGGAAGCCAGUUAUGGCCCUUCUCCGGUCCCGAGGUAUCCGGUCCAUCGUCUAUCUAGACGACAUAUUAAUCAUGGCAUAGGACCCCCAUACCCUUCGGAAACAUACGUCUAUGACCAAAUGUCUCUUACAAAACCUCGGCUUUGUGAUCAGUUUCGAAAAAUCUUCUCUAAUACUCUCACAGUCCAUCCUUUUGCUGGGUUUCCAGACCGACUCCGUUCGGUCGAUCCUUCAACUCCCGAUGGCAAAGACAAAGGCCAUCAAGAAGGACAUUCGAAAGCUACUGUCCUCUCAUCAUGUACUCCUUCACGACUUCGCGCGGAUAAUAGGGCUCCUGUCCGCUUCCAUUCAGGCCAUUUUCCCCUGGCCCCUUACAUUACAGAGCGAUGCAACGUCUCAAGACGAGUUAUCUGUGCAGAUCCCAUUCCUACGAUCAACUGGUCUUCCUUACAGAAGAGGUCCGUCUGGAGUUAGAUUGGUGGCUCCAAAAUAUGGAAGCCACCAAAAUUUGAAAGCUAUUUUCGGACGCCAACCAGAUUUCAUGCCAGCCUCCUAGGCUGGGGAGCCACCUGCCCCGGCCUUUCUACAGGGGAGGGUGGGGGUCUCUGGACACAGUCAGAACGUUCAAUUUCCCAUCAAUUGCUUGGAGCUGAUGGGGGGCGCCUUUAUGAUUCGCAGUUUCGCCAAGGACGUUUACGACUGUUCGUUGAUUCUUGGAAUGGACUGUUUCCGCUGUCCGUUAUGUCAAUCGUCUUGGAGGCUCCCACUCCAAGCUCCUAUCAGACCUUACCAAGGAACUCUACCAGUUCUGUCUAGGGAGGAAUAUCUCCCUUCGAGCGGAAUACCUUCCCGUGUUGGACAACCUUGUGGCGGACUGGUUCCCCCAUCACUGGAGGGACACCAGCGAUUGGCAGCUGGACUCGAGUGUCUUCUACCACCUACACCACCUUCGCGGGCCCAUCAUGUUGAACCUCUUUGCGUCCAGACUAAACAGUCAGACAGACGCUUUCUUCAGUUGGUUACCGGACCCGUUGGCACAAGCCGUCGACACCUUUCUACAACCUUGGCCGUCGACAGGAGCAUAUUCAUUUCUAUCUUUCUCCAUGAUACCUCGCACUCUCCAACGCCUCAAGGUUCUGGGAGUCAGGAUCCUGUUAAUAACUCCUCUCUGGAGAGUCCAACCUUGGUACCCCAACCUCUUAGAGAUGUCCACAGACUACCCCCUGCUUCUGCCUCUUCCCCGGACCUCCCCCGAGACCCUUCUGGAGUGUGCCAUCCCCUUGCCAUCCAGGGACAUCUCCAACUGGUGGCCUGGACCAUUUUAGGGUAUCCCGGGAUCCUUUCAGGCUCGGCUCGAAAACCUCUUCUGGGAUUCAUGGGCCCCAGGAACCCGCAGAUCCUACCUUUCAGCAUGGAAAUCCUGGGUUCGCUGGUGUUUGGAAAGGGAUAUUGAACCCUUUUCAAUGACUCUGGUGAAUAUCAUGAAUUUCCUGUCCUCUCUUUUUGACAGUUGCAAAUGUUAUUGUACAAUAAACCUUUUUUGCUCUGCCAUUUCGGCAGCUCAUUGUCCAAUUGAUACAGUCCCUGUCAGACAACAUCCAUCCGUGUGCAGGCUCCUACAAGGUGUCCGUUUCUCUCGACCUCCGGCUCACCGUUACACCCAUUUUUGGGAUGUGGCACAAGUCUUAUCCUUUCUGGAAGCUUGGCCUCUGAACUAUCUCUGCGGCAUCUCUCUGCCAAAUUAGCCCUACUACUUUGCUUGGUCUCUAUUCGGUGGGUUUCCAACAUCAAAGCGUUCGACCUUCAUGCUAUUGCCUUUACUCCUGUGGGAGUAAGGUUUUUUUUUUUUUAUUUUUUUAUUGUCCGACUCACUAAGGUCCCAUCAUCCUCUGUUUUUACCCAUACUUCCCUGAUAGACCAUCACUGUAUGUUGCGCGUUGUUUACAACAGUAUGUCACCUUUACCACUCCCCUUCGGGCCCCAUCGGUGCCGCUUUUUGUGUCCUAUGUCCGUUCCCACCAUCCAGUGCCUUGCCCCAUGAUUGCUUGGUGGAUCUGGUGGCUCCUCCGCCUCGUGGCAUGGAGCCCCCCUUUGGCACCCAUUCGGUACGGGGUGCGGACGCGUCCGUCGCUGGGAGUUCCCUUUCGGACAUUUUGGCCUCGGCGGAUUGGUCAAGGGAAUCCACCUUCCGUACUUUUUUAUUUCUGGCCCCAGUCUCAUCUGGGCUUCCACUUGCUCUAUGGGCGUUAAAACAGCAAAUAUGAAGCCUCCUGUCUUGUCUAAAAUUAGAGAUUAUUUUAGCAUCAGUGACCUAAUAAUCUAAAUUUUAUUAAAGACAGGAGGCAAAUAUUUCCCCACCCUACGUCCGCUCGGAUGUUGGUUUGUUCAUAGGUUCCAUAACAUUCGUAUAAAUAUGUGUAUCACACUACAAGUGAUUAUGUAUAUGUGUAUGACACCACAAGUUAUUGUCAUCAGUUUAGUUAAUACAAGGCAUUUGUAUAUGGGCAAGCUGCCAAUCACACCAUACUUUCACAAAUUUUCUUCUUUUUCUAGUGUGAAAUAGUCUUCACUCUCUUCACGGCGUCCUUAUUGGUGGAUCUGUGGUCCCAACUACGAGUUCGAUUACCUUGUUGAUCACGUUUAUUUGAAGAUUGUUCGUUCCAGUGUACAUGGUUGAUAUCACUCCGGCUGCAUCAAAAAAGAGGAAUUGGGAGGAGUCCCACGGCCAAAUAUCACUGACUAGAUCUGUUCUGAUUGGUUGUUUUUUUCCAAUCUGUUAGCUAUUUCUUUGCUGCUGGGUGGAACAGUAAAGGAAGUAAAGCAAAUAUUCACCUCCUGUCUGUAAUAAAAUUUAGAUUAUUAGGUCACUGACGCUAGAAUAAUCUCUAAUUAGCUUACCAAACCAGGAAGUAACAUUACCUGUUGUCUGCUUGAAAGUCAGAGGGUGUAACCAGUGUAAUUUAUAAAGGUGUCAAUUUCUAUUGAAAUCUGCACUUUUUGCAAAAUGAAAAAAGAAGACACUCUUCAUACAUAAACCUUUUCACCAAGCUAAUGUGCUUUAGAGGUCUGGACUAUUCAUUAGAUAUACUCCUCCAAAAACAUGCAUUUUCUUCUGCAUGCUUCUUUUAGGAGAAUAUGAAUAAAUAGCUUUUCCAGGCAGCUCAGCCCUUUUCCAACUAUGUGAGUCUCAAGUGAUGUCAUUAAAGCAGCACUGUCAUGCUGAACUUACCUUUCUUUAAUCAAUUACUCUUCUCUCCCUCUGUCAGGAUCUGUUCUUCAUUUCUUCCUGUCUGCACGAGUUUUCUUUAAAACGUAAAACAAAGUAGGAACUAGUUGUCUUAUGGAGGUUUCCUACCCCUGACCAUCUCUGCCCAGCGGAGGAGCAAAGUGUGCUUCAUUUCUGGUGGUCAGAGAAAUUUUACCCACAAUUCUCAAUUUCCUUCGUGUUCCCGUGAAGCCUCUUUUCACUUUUCCCGAAUAUCUUGUCAUCUAGACAGAACGCCGGCAAAACUACCGAAUUGCGUCAUAACAGAAUGAGAACAGUUUCUUCAUUCAUGUUAGGACGCAAUUCGGGACUUUGUUCGGAUUGGAAUUUAAUUUGAAUGAUUGAAACUCCGAUCCUAUUCAUGCCCCGUGCCAUCUUGCAGCCACUUAGUAGAUAAAUCCCUAAUUCCCACGGUAUUAGGGUGCUAUUUCAGCCAAAUUUACUAAUACCAAGUAAAGAUGACUUAGUAUUAGUAAAUUCUGCACCUACUCGCUAUACCGCGAGUAUGGGCAUGGCUAUUUUUUUUUACAGGUACUUAGUUUUUUUAUUCCCCCCUCACUAUUUUUAGGGUGAGGGGGGUAGGUAGGGGUUUAUUAAUUUUUGUUUUGGGUGAAGGGGUGACUAGAGGCUUGGACAAUAGGUUCCCCCCACAUUGUUAUUUAGCCGCUCAGGGGUGUGGGUCGGGGGGAGACGCUAGGUCCCCCCUUCAGUUUAAUAGCCCCCACUCGCACGGCUUUAGUGGGGGCUCGGGAGGGGGGAUACUUUUUUUUUUUUGUUUGGUUUUUUUUAAACAGUGAGCGUGAGCAGCCACAGCUAUACACAUAAGAAACUUCCUUUAAAAAUUCAAAUAAAAGUGUCAGCGCUUAAAUGAAUCAACCCUUAAUUACACAGUCAGGGUAAUCCACAUGUAAAUUGUGAAGUAGAAAAGCAGCAUAUGCACCUUUAACUUUCGUAAUAAAAUAAACGACUUAAAUAGAAUUAGCAGCAUAUAUAACACAGCAUGUACUACUUCACUACAUAAACCAUACAGUAUAUUGUUCAAGAGUCCUGGGGUGGUCUGUAGGGGGGGGUGAUGUUCUUGUAAAAAUUGGAUCCACACUCUUUUGAUGCAAUGCUUGCAAAAGUGUCCACAGUACCUUCAAAAAGAUACAAGAAGAUCCAAAUAGUGUAACACUAUUAUUAUGAAUAAAAAAAACCUCUCCCCCAAAAAGAACCCUUACAUUAAAAUGUUGUGGUACUCGUUUCCAAGAAACCACACAAUAAGCAUCGGUGUACAGUAGUUUUGAAACUUUACCGCCUGGUCCUCCUGUCAUGCGGAUUCUGGCUGGAUAUGUAAGCCGAGGAGCGAUGACUUUAUCCUGGAAGGACGCCGGUGCUGGAAGCCGCUACUUUCCUGCCAAGCUUUGAAAAUGUAAUGCAGCUCGCACUUCAACGCGUUUUACCCAUACUUGCGGGCUUCCUCAAGAUAGUGCGGCAGCCACCUAUAUAGAGCGCUCUUAUAUACGCUCAUGUUCAUCAGUCAUUAAAGUGCCAAAAUGCCUAAAAUGUCCCACGUGGUCUUUCCAUUAAAGGCACUCCCCUUUUCUUUAAAUAUUCAAGAGGAGCUGCACUUCACAUAAUUUAAAACAACUUAUUAACAAUAUACGGUGCAAUCAGUACAAUCGCAAUUUACCGUUAAAACAUAUUUGAUCACUGUAGAUAGAAUUAACUAUGAAUCAGCAUUCAGUUAAAAAAUAAAUAUUAAAAAUAAAUACCCAUCCGUAAUCCAUUAAAGAACCCCUCAAAUUGAAAAUAAUAAACCAGAAACAUCAUGAACAACUCAAAUAGGAAGAUAUAAAAAGAUGUAAAAAGUAAUAUAUAAUAAAAAAUAGGAAAAAGCAGGAAAUGAUCCAGGUUAUUUUAUAAUUCGUAUAAUUCGUAUAAUAUAAUAAGUUAUUUUGUUUAUAUAAAAAUUCCUAUUAUACAAAUAAGAUAAAAAAAAAUUACAAAUAAGAAAACAAUUACCAACAAAGUAGUCUUAAUAUGAAUUAGUCUAUAUAUGAUAAAAUGGAACUAUGGAACUCACCACAAGUUUAAAAACGUAAUACUCAUAACCUAUUAUAUUAGUUUAGUAAAAUGUUAGUUCGAAUUUAGCAUUCAAACCAAAUGGUGCGAAAGUUUUUAAUCUGUAAAUCCACGACAUUUCCUGAUAUGUCAACUUCUUACCUAAUUCACAGAAUAUUAACCUUUUCAAUACCACAAUAACGUAGACAUGCUGGUUUAUUUGCAUGGUGAUCCAGAAAAUGUUUUGAUAAAAAAUGUUUUUCAAACUUCCUCUUACUAUUUUAUACAUGUUCAUUAAGUCUUACUCUAAUCAUUAUUUUCGUUUGUCCUACAUACUGUAUUCCGCAGAAGCAGCUUACUAGAUAAAUCAUUUGUUUUGAAUGACAAGUCAUACAAUCUUUUAGUUCAAAAGUUAUUUUCGUCACAAAAGAUUGAAAACUUGUGGUUUUGCAACAUGGGGGACCUGUUACCUUGCAUAUGUUACAAUUACCACAUUUAAAAAACCCUUUCUCUGAGUUAAAAAAAUGUCUCUUAGGUUUCGGUUGCCGGUAACUAUGUACCAAUUUAUCCUUAAUGGUGGAUGUACUCCUACAGGCCCGAGCUGACCAUCGGGAACACCAGGCUAAUGAUUGGUGGGCCAUGAUGGCCAUGGGCCGAGGCCGGCAGGGGAGUUUACAGGAUCUCCCCGGCCGGUCCAUGCAGGGCCUGUGCUAUCCAAGCGCCAGCCCUGCAGUAGUCCAUGACAGGCCAGUGGGGAGAUCAAAGAUCUCAAUCACCGGCCUACUUGCACAGACAUGUGGAUGGGGAGGGAGGGAGAGAGGACCCAGCGCAGCCUAUCUUGCAGCUCCUCCGGGUUCCUCUCGCGAGAUCUGGAGCAUUGCCAUGGCUAGAGUUCACUCGCCUCAAGGACCACCAGAGAUGGCAGCAGCAUGGUCCUCCCACCCAGGUAAGGAGGGAGGGGGGAUACAAUGCCACACAUCACCCUCUCACACACACAGCACCCUCUCACACACACAGCACCCUCUCACACACACAUACUGCACCCCUCACACAUACACACUACACUCCUCUCACACACCCACUGCAACCUUCACUCACACACACUGCACCCCUUAUACAUACACCCAGAACCCUCCCACACAGUGCACCACUCACACACACACAAUACUUUCAAACAUAUAUAAUAUAUAUAUAUAUACACACACACUACAGCACCACUCACACAAACACUGCACCCCUCACACACAUACUGUCCUAUCCAAAAUAUUUACCUUUUUAACUGAAUUCUCAAGAAGGUUUAAAGGACCACUAUAGGCACCCAGACCACUUCAACUUAAUGAAGUAGUCUGGGUGCCUGGUCCAGCUAUGGGUAACCCUUUUUUCUAUAAACAUAGCAGUUUCAGAAAAACUGCUAUGUUUAUAAAUGGGUUAAUCUAGCCUCUUGUGGCUGUCUCAUUGACCGCCGCUAGAGGCUUCCGCGUUUCUCACUGUGAUUUUCACAGUGAGAAGACGCCAGCAUCCAUAGGAAAACAUUGAGAAUGCGCAUUCAGCCGAACCCCUUCCUCCCUCCUCAGCGCCACGGUAGUGGGACCCUGAGGGUGGGGGCACCCUCAGGGCACUAUAGUGCCAGGAAAAUGAGUAUGUUUUCAUGGCACUAUAGUGGUCCUUUAACUCGUACUCCUUUUCAACAAACAGUUUUUUUUACUUUUUCCAAUUGUUCACAUAUUUGAGGGUCAGUACAGUUCUUUUUGAUCCUUUGGAAUUGUCCAUACGGUACAUUAGUGAGCCACUGAGGAUAGUGGCAACUGGAUCUGAAAAUAAAGCUGUUUACAUCUAAAAGUUUUGUAUUUUAACCCCUUAAGGACCACAGACGUACUAAGUACAUCCAACAAAAACGUCAUCGUAAGUGUAUUUUUUCAUUAAUAUAUACAUAUAUUAAUAUAAAAACGCUCUUAGAGUAAAAUUACACACGUGUAUAUAUACAAUAACUAUAAAUUGUGUGUAUAUAUAUAUAUAUAUAUAUAUUAUUAUAAAAAAUUUAAAUAAUAUUAUUUUUUUUAAAACGAUAUAUAUGUAAUUUUAUUUGAAAGCAGCACUGUCAUGGCCAAAUCCCGUUUUUUGUUUUUUUUUUAACCCGACUCCACUACAUCUAAUUGAUCCCCUAGCGACCCCCAAAUGCCCCUAAGUUCCCCAUAUUACCUAUUUUUUCAUCUUUAUUUUGUGCCGGGAUCUAGGUUCUGGGCGCCACCAUCUUUGUGUGGGUAGAUGAAGUCCCUGUGGGACACGUCAUCUGCCCACAAUAGAUAGUGCUGUGAAAUUCCCGCACAUGCCCAGUUAAACACCUGGGCAUGCGAACGGGAAUUUUAUCUAUUCAUUCAUUCGUCAGAAAGAUGAAUGAAUGAAUAGAAAUGUCAGACGAACAAACAAACACUGAAUAUCAGUGUUGGUUUGUUCGUUGAGUUUAUUACAAGGAUGGAGCUACCGGCGUGCAGCUCCCUCCUUGUAAAAUGUAAAGAUAGAAGCGGCAGGGAGCAGUUCUCCCCGCCACUUUUAAAGCCCCCCAGGUCCUCCCUCACUCUAUGGGGGUCAAUUUGAGCCGAAUUGCAGGGCGGGGCAAGGCUUUAUAAGCCUUUCCCCGUCCUGCUGAGCCUUUCCCUGCCCAGUCUGCGUCGUGCCCUCGCCGGGUGAAGAUGGAUAAAUUUUUAGCAUCGGGUUUUCGUUUGAUUUUUUUUUUUUUUUUUGCGCUCUGUUUUUUUAUUCUAUUUUUUACAAGUAUUAUGGUUUCUAUUUGGCCUUUUUUGGGGCUGAAAAAUGAAGAUUUUAGAAAAAAUACAUUAAUGGUAAGUUUUAUAUUUUUUUUUACAGGUAGUUAGUUCUUUUAUUCCCCUCUCACUAUUUUUAGGGUGAAGGGGGUAGGCAGGGGAUUAUUUUUUAUUUGGGUGGGGGGUGACUAGGGGAUAAAGGGACCCCUAGUCACCUUGGAAGGGAGGGGCCAUUUUUAUUUAGGGCCCCCAUCCGCCGCUCAGGAGUGGGGGCCGGACAAUAGGUUCCCCCCCAUUUUCCUUUAUGGCCCCCAACCCACCGCUCAGGGGUGGGGGCCGGGGGCCGGGGGGAGGACAAUAGGUCCCUUCCCUCAUUAUCCUUUAUGGCUCCCACCCACCGCUCAGGGGUGGGUGUCAGGGGGAGGACAAUAGGUCCCCCCCAUCCCUUAGGGCCACACCCGCUGCUCAGGGGUGGGGGCUGGGAGGGAUACUAAGGUUUUUUUUUUUGUUAUUUACAGUAAGCAGCCACAGGGAUUAUCUUUUAUUUGGGUGGGGGGGUGACUAGGGGCUUAGGGACCCCUAGUCACCUUGGAAGGGGGGUUGGGCAUUUUUAUUUAGGGCCCCCACCCGCCACUCAGGGGUGGGGGCCGGACAAUAGGUCCCCCCCCCAUUUUCCUUUAUGGCCCCCAACCCACUGCUCAGGAGUGGGGCCGGGGGGAGGACAAUAGGUCCCCCCCCAUUAUCCUUUAUGGCCCCCACCCACAGGCUGCUCACUGUUUAGUAGACAUGCCCCUACUUGCGGUAAAGCGAGUAGAGGCAGCAUUUACUAAUACUAAGUAAUCUUUACUUAGUAUUAGUAAAUGUAGCUGAAAGACCAGUUUAGGUCUUUCAGCCUUUUGGUAGACAGUGUCACGUAUUCAUCCGCACAUAAAAAUGUGAUUAAUGGAAUUUACUGUUCUGACAGGAAAAGUUGUGCCGAGCAGCAAUCAAUCCACAGGAGGGUUUGUGCUGAGCAGCAAUCAUGUAAAUAGGAACUUGGUAACUGCCUUUGGGGUCAAAGGCCGGUUACAACCAAUCGGAUCCACAGGCGGGGUAUUUAGGCCCAGUUCUCCUUUUGCUCAGUGCCCUGUUGUGGUUUUCCUUGUGGUUGUCCGAGAGCGCAUUAUUUAUUCUGGUUAUUUGACUUUGGCAUUGAUUUUGAUUUCCCUGUUUUCUGACAUCUCUGACCCCUGGCUUUUCGUUAUCGUUGUGUCUCUUUCUGUGUCCCUUGACCUUGGCUAUUCCUGACUAUUCUUUGGUACGUUAGUCCGGCCAUUCUAAGGUCUAGUAUAUGUUACCUAUCAGUCCUCUGUGUUACACAAUUCUACGUGCUGGAUCAUACUGUAAUCCUGACAGAUAGCUCCCUAAUACCUUGGGAAUUAGGGAGUUAUCUACUAAGCUGCUGCAAGAUGCAGCCGCGACACGAAUAAGAUCGGAGUUUCAUUCAUUAGUCUCCCGAGUAUAACUGUAACCCCCCCCCCUGCCCCCCAUGUACAGGUUUUAUAGUGUUUUUUAAAGUUACAGGGUCAAAUAUAAGGCUUGAUUUUCUGUUUUUUCACAUUGAAAUUUGUCAGAUUGGCUAUGUUGCCUUUGAGAGUGUAUGGUAGAGAAUUACCCCCAUAAUGGCAUACCAUUUGCAAAAGAAGACAACCCAAGGUAUUGCAAAUGGGGUAUGUUCAGUCUUUUUUAGUAGCCACUUAGUCACAAACACUGGCCAAAGUCAGCGUUCAUAAUUAUUUUUUUUCAUUUCUAACACACAAACAAAUAUAAAUACUAACUUUGGCCAGUGUUUGUGACUAAGGGCUACUAAAAAAGACUGGACAUACCCUAUAAGUGUCUGCUUUAAAAAAAUAAAAAUAAAUAUGUACAUGUGAGGUGUGAUUCAGAGAUUUAUGACAGGUAACAGUGUUACAAUUUUACUAUUGAUAAAGUUUAAAAAUAUAUAUUUUGAAACAGCAAUGUCCUACUUCUAUUAAUAGCCCUAUAACUUGCAAAAAAAAAGCUAACAAUAUGUUACAUUGGGUAUUUAUAAACUCAGGACAAAAUUUAGAAACUAUUUAGCAUGGGUGUUUUUGGGGGGUAGUAGAUGCGUAACAGAUUUUGGGAGUCAAAGUUAGAAAAAGUGUUUUUAAAAAUAUUUUCAUCAUAUUUUAUAAUUUUUUUAUAGUAUAGUAUAUUAUUUGAUGAAAAUAAUGGUAUCUUUAGAAAGACCAUUUAAUGGUGAGAAAAACUGUUUAUAAUAUGUGUGGGUACAGUAAAUGAGUAAGAGGAAAAGUACAGCUAAACACAAACAUCGCAGAAAUGUAAAAACAGCCCUGGUCCUUAACGUUAAGAAGAUUGAAAAACGGUCUGGUCAUGAAUGGGUUAAAAUAUUCUCCUCCACAUAUAAAACCAGAUCUAAAAACAAUACUAGUUUCACUAUGUUGUGAUGUAAAGGAUAAAUUAAAACGGUUAUCAUUCAUAUAUUGUAGAAAUUUGGACAAUUCAUUUUCCUCCCCCUUCCAGAUAAAAAAACAAUCAUCAAUAUAAAUAUAACGUCUAUAGAGAAAUAGGUUCGCCACCCAUGGAUGUCCCUUCCAUAUGAAGGAAUUUUCCCAGUGGGACAUGAAUAUGUUCUCAUAGCUGGUUGCGAACCUAGUCCCCAUAGCUGUACCAGUAAUCUGUAAAAAGACUUACUCCUUAUACCAGAAAAAAAAUUAGUAAGAAUAAAAUUAAUACAUUCUGUCAGAAAUUCAACUUGUUCCAUAUGUAUAUCAGGAUCUGUAUACAGAAUUUGUCUGAUUGCUCUUAAUCCCAAAUCAUGUUGGAUUACUGUAUAUAGUGACAUAACGUCACAAGUCACCAGCCAGUAAUUGUCUUUCCAAGUCAUCCCUUCUACUAAUCUUAGUAGGUCACUACUAUCUCUCCGAUAAGAUUUCGAGCAUUUUACAAACGGUUGCAAUAAUGCAUCUAUAUAUUGAGAUAGAUUUCAGGUUUAAGAUCCAAUCCCUGAGAUAAUAGAUCUCCCUGUGGAUUCUGUUAGAUUCGUAUGGAGAAAAUAAAAUACUGGGAUACAUGGUCAAUACAAAACCAUAUUCUUUUUUGUUAAAACUCCUAAUAUUCUUCCUUUAUCCAACAGGGUAGUUAAAAUAUUGUUAUCUGAGGUAGGAUCUUUAUUAAGUGACAAAUAAGUGCUCUUAUCCUAUUGGAUUCUGAGGCAUUCUUUUUCAUAAUACUCUAUACCAGGCUUCCCCAAACUUCGGCCCUCCAGAUGUUGCUGAAUUACAACUCUCAUGAUUCUAAGCCUGUCUAUUUUACUCUCAAAAUCAUGGGAGUUGUAGUUCAGCAACAUCUGGAGGGCCGGAGUUUGGGAAAGCUUGCUCUAUACUCAUAACAACAGUUCCCCCGCUUUAUUGGCGUGUUUGAUAACUAUAUUUUUUUAUUAUUGCUUAAUUCACAUAAUGCCUUCUUUUCCUGUAUAGUUACGUUCUGACAUCUAUUUGAAAUUUUAGUAGGAGUCUUUUCCAGAUCAUUUAAAACCGCUAAAUUAAAAGCAUUCAUUUUGGCGCUGCUUUGAUUAGGAGGUUAGAAAUUGGACUUCUUUUUCAAUGAUGUAUGUUUAAAAGGAUCCUCAUGAUUACUAUUCUUAAGUUCAAAUGGGUUAUUCAUAAAAAAAAAAAAAAUAAUAAUUAAAUUUAGUGUUCUCAUGAAUUUCUAAAAAAUUCAAAAAGGGAUCAGUCUUACCAGCAGGGGCAUAUUUAAAACCUUUAUUGAGGACUCUUAAUUUGUUCAGGAGUUAAAGUAAUGUUAAAAAUCCCCAGUGGUUUUACCAUUUGAUUCUUUUUUUCUUUACUGGAUUCCUCUACCUUCUCUACAUCCCCUCUGAAUGAUCAUUGGUAAAUGGUGAAUUAAAAAAUUGUGUGUUGGUCCUAAAAAAAUCAUUCUCAACUUCUAAAUUAACCCAAACUUUUGAUUGUUUAGGUGUUAAAUCCUCAUUUGGAUUUAAUACAGCAAACUUAUUAGAUGUUUGCCAUACUGGGGCAUGGGUUCUUUGUCUAGGGGUUGGAAUUCUAUUCUUAAUUUGUGGUGUAUUUUUACUUUUUCUGUUAGCCAUAGUCCAUGCCCUUUCUUUAGGUGUUCUGGGUGGAUUAAAUUGAUUGCAUUGCAUAUACUUUCUUGGAUAAUUAUAGGUAUUAUUCCUACCACGGGUUUCAAUAUAUCUGUUUUCUCGAUUAAUUCCACUAUUCCUGUUAGGUAUAUAUGGUUCUGGUUUUUUUUUUAUUUUCAUAUGUAACAGGAGCAACUAUCUCUGUCCCCUGUAAUUCAGCCUGCCGCUGGGGAAUGGAGACUGGGCUCCCAAUUCCAUGCAUAUCACACUGCCGCUGGGGAAUGGAGACUGGGCUCCCUAUUCCCUGCAGUACCUGUCGCUGGAGUUUCUCCCAACAUGCCAGCUGACCUUCCCUUUCUGCACGGUAUUGCAGAUUCUUGAACACUAGGUUCCUCAUAAGCUGCACCGAUUUCUCCGGUGGAUUGGGUCCGUAGUACUUCAGCCGCAAUCCUAUUGUCAAACUCUUUCAUGGAGUAACUGUACGCCACUGCUGGUUCCAUCCUGGUGCUGUCAGGGCCGCUGUACUGGGACAUGCGGUGCCCUCAAAUUGUAAAAUCCAUGGAAUGGUGUCUCCUGUAGCUGUCCUUCUGGUGGUAGGAACGAUCCCACUGCUACCACCAAUUGUAACGGCACCCCCAGGCAUAAAAGGGUUAAACCGCCGUUUAGAAGAUCUUCCCCUUCCAGAGAUACAGGCACAGCUACUGCAGAACACCAAACUCCCAAACCGCAUGUAAGGGAAUGCUCCAAACUCCCGAACUGCAUACAAAAUAGCACUCCAAACUCCCGAACUGGAACCUCACGAAUAGCUGCUAGCAGACGAAUAGGAAAAGUACCCAAGCGGCUUACACUCCUAUCAGUCUCUAUCAGCAUACAGUAAAUCCCCCCAAGAACGAGACAGAGCUCCGUGUUGAGGGUCAAGCUGUGAUCUGUUUUUAAUGAGGGCUACCUGCCCAGUAUUUAUGCAGGUCUCCCACCUGGUGGACACUCCCCUAGGGGACCAAAUGGGAGACUGUGACAAAGGACAGACAUGAACCAAUGACAGACACAGAGAGGUAAAACCUCACCACAAUGCAUCCUAACUUCCCUCCCUCUGUCCUGGAGAUAAUUGGGAAGUAAUCCAAUUAUCUCCCAGGACAGAGGCAAAACUCCAUUAACCACAUGGUUACAGUAAAACACUAAAACACAAUAAAAUACACAAUAUUACAUUUAUCACACAAAAUAUAUACUUGCAACCCAUCCCCAGAUAGCUGGGAUCUGAGUGCACAAAAGUACCGAAUAGCGCUCAGAUCCUAUGCACACAGUCCAAUCGCUGUGGAGUUAAAGUGUUCUUCAAGUCUGUUCUCCAUACGAAUAGACUCCACGGGAUGGCUAUCUGGGGUAAUGCUGUACAUACGGUUUAAACUACCGAAUGAACAGGCAUUCGGUUAACUGACCGUAGCAGAAGCAAGGAGGCUGACGGCUCAGCGGUGUUCGCGCAACUAAGUGUCCGUUUACAGUUCCACAGUUUGGGCGCUGAACUCCGCUGACCGUUCGAGACUUCGGCAACCAAACAAAGGCCACCCAGCAUUCGUCAAUUAAGCUGCGGUUAACCGCAGCUUCUGGGAGGUUAAUUGCCAACACACUCCAGGUCCCAGGUGGUUCAGUCAUUCGUGCGUUAGUUCGGUAGAUUGAAUCUACCGACUGCUGGGCAGAAAGGCAUGAAUAAGCCUUUUCUGCAGGGGAAAAGAAGGCUUUUAACAUGGGGCCAUAAUCCAAAGGCAACAGGCGAGCAACCAGGCUUCUCCAAUGCAAUGUGGCGAGAUUGCUCUCGUCACAGGGACACUAUAGUCACCUGAACAACUUCAGCUUAAUGAGGUUGUUCAGGUGAGAUCUAUAGCUCCCUGCAGCCUUUCUCUUGUAAACACUGAUAGAUAGAAAUAGAUAGAAAGAAAUACAGUCAGGUCCAUAAAUAUUGGGACACUGACACAAUUCUAAUCUUUUUGGCUCUAUACACCAACACAAUGGGUUUGAAAUGAAACAAAUGUGCUUUAACUGCAGACUUUCAGCUUUAAUUUGAGGGUAUUUACAUCUAAAUCAGGUGAACGGUGUAGGAAUUACAACAGUUUGUAUAUGUGCCUCCCACCUUUUAAGGGACCAAAAGUAAUGGGACAGAUUAACAGUCAUAAAUCAAACUCUCACUUUUUAAUACAUGGUUGCAAAUCCUUUGCAGUCAAUUACAGGCCUGAAGUCUGGAACGCAUAGACAUCACCAGACGCUGGGUUUCAUCCCUGGUGAUGCUCUGCCAGGCCUCUACUGCAAUUGUCUUCAGUUCCUGCUUGUUCUUGGGGCAUUUUCCCUUCAGUUUUGUCUUCAUCAAGUGAAAUGCAUGUUCAAUCGGAUUCAGGUCAGGUGAUUGACUUGGCCAUAGCAUAACAUUCCACUCUUUGGUUGCUUUUGCAGUAUGCUUCGGGUCAUUGUCCAUCUGCACUGUGAAGCGCCAUCCAAUGAGUUCUGAAGCAUUUGGCUGAAUAUGAGCAGAUAAUAUUGCCCGAAACACUUCAGAAUUCAUCCUGCUGCUUUUGUCAGCAGUCACAUCAUCAAUAAAUACAAGAGAACCAGUUCCAUUGGCAGACAUACAUGCCCACGCCAUGACACUACCACCACCAUGCUUCACUGAUGAGGUGGUAUGCUUUGGAUCAUGAGCAGUUCCUUUCCUUCUCCAUACUCUUCUCUUCUCAUCACUCUGGUACAAGUUGAUCUUGGUCUCAUCUGUCCAUAGGAUGUUGUUCCAGAACUGUGAAGGCUUUUUUAGAUGUUGUUUGGCAAACUGUAAUCUGGCCUUCCUGUUUUUGAGGCUCACCAAUGGUUUACAUCUUGUGGUGAACCCUCUGUACUCACUCUGGUGAAGUCUUCUCUUGAUUGUUGACUAUUUCUAUCUAUUUUUAGAGCAGGAGAUAAGAAUUUGCAAUAAAGUAAGUGAAAACAUGCAGGGAGGUAUGACUAAGGUGUGACUAGUGUCCCUUUAAGUGCAAGGAUGUAGAUUUUUGUAACAUGUAGUUCCAGUCUCCCGGCUGAAAGUAUUUUUUUUUUUUUUUUUGUCCUUUGGUGGGUAAGUCUAAGCCUGCAUAAACAAAGUGAUUUAACUCAUAAAUGCCAGAGAAUUAAUCAGUGAGACUGCAGGGGUAUGAUCUAUACACCAAAAGUGCUUCAUUAAGCUAAAGUUGUUUUGGUGACUAUAGUGUCCCUUUAAGUGCAAGGAUGUAGAUUUUUGUAACAUGUAGUUCCAGUCUCCCGGCUGAAAGUAUUUUUAUUUUUUUUUAUUUAUUUUUUGUCCUUUGGUGGAUAAGUGGCAAGGCUGAUGCAGUUGGAGUCCAGACACAGACAGAGAGCUUGUAGCUUUCACCUCUUAUGAGUCCAGACCACAUUACUGGUUCUGCUCCCUUGCUGUCCUGGCACUCACUAAUGAGUCACAGUCCAGCUGCUGGUAUUCCCAGGACAGGAUUGCAAGUAAUGAUUACUGGGGUCUGCACCCACCCAGUUUCAGACCACACAAUUCUUUAAAGGACCACAAUUGAGUUUUACCCUCACCUGAAUCACCAUUACACAUAGUCUGCACACACACACACUAUAUAGAGUAUAUACUAGAAACAGCCAGUGGGCUUGCACACACAUCUCCCAUGAGUAACUUAUUUCGGGCCCAAAUAUUUUCUAUUCUAAUUUCCUUCUAUUCUAGGAGCUCCAUAUUGUUGGUGUGUCUAGGUGUAUAACUGCAAUUAUACAAUAAUGUGUCUUUAAAUUAAUGAAUGUGCUUAGAAAUUAGCCUGUGCAAAUAAGAUACAUUAUUAUUAUUAUUUUUCUAAAUACACUUUUGUUGCAUAUAUUGGUUUUAGUAAGCCACAUAACAUUUCUCAGAACAGCUCCCCCUACCACACCCCUACUCGCACUCCCAAAAUAAAAUGUUGGGAGGUAUGCACACACAUGACACACAGCCAGAGUGCACAGACACAUAUGCUACACAGAGCUAUCAGAUACCAUACCCUUUAUACACUGCCAGCACACAUCACACUAUAGGUCAGAGGGUGAGACACUAUGCCAGAGCUCUUGGCAGGGGCCAAAAUAUUUCUACUUGAAAUUAUUUUGUGGAUCAGGACAAGUAGAGUGUUAUGAUGGAUAAGUAGAUUGGGUUACUGUUGUAAACCGUUGGAUUACAACAAUCAUUCUAAGCACAGAUAAAUUAUCCCAUAUAGGAAAUUAUGGGACAUGAGUUGUCCCUAGAGACCAGAAUGAGAUGCUCCUGAUUGGAGUGUGUUAUCUUAGUGUAGGAUAAAUGUCACACCUCCAUACUUAGGGAGGUAUGUAAAUCAAGAUUGGGGAUGGGCCUAAAGAGGUUGCAGUGGCUCAACCUGCACCACUUACACUGCCUAAAUGAGUGAACAUGUUUGAAAAGGGGACAGACAUGCCCACAUAAGGAACAUAUCAUGCCAGACUAACUACCAGUCAUAUUGAGUAGCCCCAUUAAUUUCCAAGCAUGCACAGAGUGCUGUUAUUGUGUUCAUGGUCCUAAUGCCUUUAGAACAGCACAAACUCUGGGGACAUUUCCCUCGUAUCCACACAAUGGGACACUAGGGAACAAACCUGGGAUGUUAGGACUAGUGCACAAAAUUGUCAUAUUCAGGAUAAUUGGGAGGCCUGGAAUCUCUCAUGUCUACUAAGCAGGGAUUUUGCUGUGUAUAUGUAAGGCAAGUAUUUUAAUUUUUAUAUCCCAUUUGUUUAAUAUUAUUUUUAAAUGUUGUGUUAUCUAUAUAUCAAAAUAAAGCCCCUUAUAUUGCCUUUUGUCCAUUAUGUUAAUUUCAAGCUUAAGUAUAUGCAUAAUAAGAAAGCAGAACGUAAUAUCUAUCUCUCUCUUUCUCUCUCUCUCUCUCUCUCUCUCUCUCUCUCUCUCUCUGUCUCUCUCUCUCUAUCUAUAUAUAUAUAUAUAUAUAUAUAUAUAUAUAUAUAUAUAUUCCAGUACUGCUCUUUUAGAUGAAUUGUACAAGUACCUUUGUAUACAAGUUCACACUGCAGCAAUGCCAAUCUUGUUCAUUUUAAUAUACUGUAAUUUUAUUUAUUAUGUUAAUUUUUUCCCUACAGGUACAAUUGUGCUUACAUAAUGCUGAAGUGUGGUUUUUACAGAAUGGUUCAAUUGGUUAACAUAUAUGACAGCAUUUAAAACAACAAUGCUAACAAGUGUGAUUCCGAGACUGCUGACAUUGCAGAGACAAUCUGCCACCAAAUAUAUAGUUCCUUUGUCAUAUUCCUUUAUUUUUGGGACAUGGCAAUAUUCAUCUACCUAUUCAGAUACAGAUGUUGAGCAAUUCGUCAAAGAGAAUAAACGAACAGUUGACAGUCUCUAUAAACUUUCCAUUAAUAUUAAGAAAAUUCGGCAGUUGAAGAGAUGGGUGCUAUUGAAAGACGUUGCUUUCGUAGAAGAAACUGCGGGUUUCCUGAAAGGUUUAGGAGCCAAUGAGAUUACUGUGGCUAACAUUCUAGAACAAUGCCCUGAAGCAUUUCUCCAGGAUCCUGUCGUGAUAGAUACACAACGACAUUUAUGGAGUUUGAUCUGUUCAUCUGAUGAAGAACUGGUUAAAAUAAUUGAAAAGUUUCCGGAAUCUUUCUUUGUUCAUAAAUGUCCAGACAUUCAAAGAGCCAACAUUACUUACUUGAAAGAAUUGGGACUUAACAAGAAAAUUAUCUGCAGGCUUUUAGCGAGUUCUCCACAGAUCUUUUGUAAUUCGGUUGAAGGUAAUAAAGAAAUUAUUAGUGCUUUGGAAGACAUUUACCUUACUAUCGGUGGCUCAAAAGCAAACUUUAAAACUUGGUUGAUGAAGUUAUUAAGCCAGGAUCCAUUUGUAUUAUUAAAACCUUCUUCAGCCUUAAAGACAAACCUUAAUUUUAUCCAGAGUUUAGGAUUUGAUGAUAAAGAAGUUUUAAAACUUCUGUCCAAGCUUAAAGGAUUUAUAUUUGAUCUAAAUUGUACUACCAUGGAACAAAGCAUUUUGUUUACUAGAACGGUUUUCAAAUGUAGCAAUGACGACCUGAGACAGAUGAUAUUAAAAUUUCCUGGUGUAUUGUAUUACUCUGUUCCAGUUUUGAAGGAUCGUCUAACAUGUCUGGUGAGGGGAGGCGCUUCUUUGGAUCAGGUAAUACAAUCCCCAAAUGUUCUAGAGCUUACAACACAAAUUAUAGAGUACAGAAUUAAAAAAAUAAAGUUAUUGGGCCAUGAAAUAAAGAACCAUCAUUUAGAUAUUUUAAACGGUACUAAAAAAGAUUUUGAAGUUAGCUAUGGAAGAUUACAAGUAAAGAAAAAACGGCCUUUGUUUAACCCUGUUGCACCUUUGCAAGUUGAUGAGUAACUUUACAAUGUACAAAAAUUAGUUGGCGCCAUAGGCGUGCACAGCGGGUGUGCCUGGGCACACCCUAAUCCCUGCGGCACGCCUAUGGAUUUAGACCGGCAGGGAAGAUCUCAGGAUCUCCCCUGUCGGCUCAUGCAGAGCCGGCGCUAUCCGAGCGCCGGCUCUGCUUUUAGCCUCCAUGGGCCGGUGGGGAGAUCAAAGAUCGCCCACAGCAGCAUGGAGUGAGGCAGGAGAGGACCCGGGGAGCUCUAGCCAGCAGCUCCGCCGGGUUCCUCUCGCGAGAUCUGAGCAUUGCCGUGGCAACGGUCAGAUCUCGCGAGAAUGAACUCUAGCCCCGCAGGGUAGAGUUCACUCUUCACUGGACCAACAGGGAAGGAAGCAAGACAGCAAGGAAGGAUCCCCCCUCCCUACAUAAGAUAACAAGUAAUCUGCCCCCACCCCCACAAUCAUGCAAACAUACAGCAAACACACAGCACCCACACACAUACAACACACCCAGACAGAACCCACACAGCACCCAAACAUACACAGUACCCAAACACACACAGUACCCUCACACACUGCACCCACACACACACUGCACCCACACACACACACACAGCACCUACACCCAAACAGCACCCACACACACAGCACCUACACCCAAACAGCACCCACACACACAGCACCUACAUACAUACAGCACACACACAAAGCACCCUCACACAUACAGCACCCUCACAGUACACUAACAGCACCCUCACAAACACACACACAGCACCCUUACAAACAAACAGCACCCUCACAAACACACACACAGCACCCUUACAAACAGCAUCCACACUAACAGCACCCUCACAAACACACGACACCCACAAACAGCACCCUCACACACAGCACACGAACAGGAACCUAACAAACACACACAAACACCCUCACACACACACAGCACACAAACAGCACCCUCACACACAGCACACUAACAGCACCCUCACAAACACGCACACUACCAGCACCCUCACACACACACCACCCUCACACAGCACACUAACAGCACACACACACAGUAGUGUAUGUGUGUGUGUAUAUGUGUAUAUAUAUAUAUAUAUAUAUAUAUAUACAUACAUACAUUCAUAUACACGUGAUGUGUGUUUGUGCUUCAGGGUGCACACCCUAAUGCAAUAGGCUGCGCAUGCAAAUGGUUGGAGCUGUGUCUUUGAUAUAGUGUGUAGAUUGGGUUAAAAGCAUUGUGUUAUUUUACUCUGUUUUGUUUGGUUUUAUUUGUUGUAUUUAAUAAACUUUUUAUGACGUAUAUUUAUGACCUUGGACCUUCCUAUUUUAUCCUGUGGUAGGUGGGGG